AAAUAAUUUACCCUUCCAUCAGUAACCAUCUGCAACGCCACACCUUGUGUGAAGCACAACUACUUGAACUUAGAUCUCAAAAGAACUCAGUAAUUUGCCAAGCACAACCCACUUGACAUAUCUCACUCUUAGCUUCUCUAAAAUGAAAUCUUCAUCUUUUCUAUCAUAUCUUCCCUCUCAUCAUCAUCAUCAUCUUCCUCAAAGAUAUUUUCUACAGUGAAGUGUGCUGCUUUCAGCUAUGGGAACCCCAUAAAUAGUGGGCAUCCCUUUUGGGAAGCAAGCAGCCUGGUUGUUAUGGGCGCCCAAGCCCAGGCUUCAAGAUCUGCAUAAUCAGAUUUUUACCUUAUCAUUCAAGGUAAUUAGCAAUUAGCAGGUGAAUUAAAGGUCAGCUGAAGAAAGUUUCAAUAUUGAUGACCAAGUCCCAGUCAUGUGGGUAACUAAUAUGAAAUUGUGGUUAUGCCAUUCAAAACUAGACAAUACAUAGAAAUGGCUAGCUUUCUCUUAUUCUCACAUGCAACUUUGGCUUUUCAAAUUCACAAUCACAGCUAUUGUUAUGGACACGUAUUGGGUAUUAAGCCUGCUAAAUUUGGGUCUUCGUCCUUUAGAGUUGGUACGUAAAGAUAGCUAUUUCCUGGUAGCUUCAAAUGCUCAAAUUUUGAAAGACGAGUCAAGGGAAUUGCUUACGUAUCAUCGCCCACCAUUAUCUUUUACCUAAAUAUUCCAAAUAUUUUUUUGUCCUUGUGCUCGUAGUCCUAGUCAAAUCCCAUCUCAUGUUUCCCAUAAAUAAUUCAUAUUUCUCAAAGCUACGCAUUUCUUAUUGCUUUGUUUACAUUAUUAUAUUAUGGGAAAUGGAGAAGAGUAGAGCAGCCUUCCUAUCUCUUUCGUCUCUUUGAAAAAUAAUAGUUUAUAUUGAUUUUAACAAUAUAUUACCAAUCAGGACGCCUUCAAUUACCAAUUCUUCUUUCUUCCAUCUUCUUUCUGGAGGAAAAAAAAUGGGUGGCCAUCUCUUUCUGCUGCCCCAUGUACACUCCUUCUUCAUCCUCUUCUUUCUCUUAAUCUUUGUUCCGACAUCUUAUUGUGAACCCGAUGAGGAUUUUUCAGAGUGCUUGGCACCGUUCAGCUGUGGAAACCUCUCAGAUGAGCUUUAUUAUCCUUUCUGGAGCGAUAGUCGAUCUCAAAUUUGUGGUCUUGAAGGGUUCAAGCUGCAGUGCCAAGAAGGUCGAUACCCUAUUAUAUCUAUAAAUAACGAAGAUUAUUAUGUAAAGUGGGUAGAUCUACUCCAACGAAAUAUGACCAUUGCUCGAGUGGAUUUGUCGGAAGAUGUUUGUCCACGUGAUGAUAUCGCCAGCACGACCAUGACCGGGACUCCGUUCAGUUAUGUGCCACAGCUUGAAAACAUCACUCUGUUCUACGAUUGCCAAAACCAGAUAACCAUGGUUCCGGUUACAUACAAAAUUACUUGUGGUAGAAAUCGGGAACAACCGAAUGCAUUUUAUACAACUGAGGAGCUUUUGAGAGUUUGGAACAUAAAGCAGCUCCCACUUUGUCUCAGAGUGGAAGUUCCUGUUCCAAGAGUGGAUGCUGAAGAAGUUAGCGGUGGACUGGAAGCUUUACGGACAGUUUUGAACCAAGGGUUUAAUGUAACCUACAAUUCUGAUUCUUCCUGCGGCACCAGCUUUAAUACGAACUUUUUCAGAUGCAUUUGCAAUGAGCAGCCCGAUCUUAUUGGGUGUCCAAAAGGCCAUCCAAAUGUGAAAUUGAAAGUUAUCAUAGGUGUUGUGGCAGCUCUUGUAGGUGCUGUCAUAACCUUCAUUCUCUUCUUCAUCUAUCUACGUCGCAAGAGAAAACCAUAUGCUCCAUCAUCCUUUGUCUCUCAAAGCACCACAUCAGAUUUCUCCUCAAAGUCGGACAUUGAGAAAGGACACUACUUUAGGGUCCCUGAGUUCACCUAUUCCGAACUUGAAGAGGCAACUAAUAAUUUUGAUUCCGCGAAGGAACUUGGAGAGGGAGGUUUUGGCACAGUAUAUUAUGGAAAACUCCGAGAUGGGCGUGCUGUUGCAGUCAAACGUUUAUAUGAGAACAAUUACAAGAGAGUUGAGCAGUUCAUGAAUGAAAUUGACAUCCUAAAUCGCUUGCACCAUCAACAUCUUGUCUCACUAUAUGGGUGCACGUCUCGCCACAGCCGCGAACUCCUACUAGUAUAUGAGUACAUUCCCAAUGGCACAGUUGCUGAUCAUCUUCAUGGAGAGAGCGCUAAGCCUGGUGCACUCCAGUGGUGUACUCGAAUGAAAAUUGCUGUGGAGACUGCUAGUGCAUUGGCAUAUCUCCAUGCUUCAGAUAUUAUCCAUCGCGAUGUGAAAACCAACAACAUUCUUCUUGACGACAAUUUUUGUGUUAAAGUUGCAGAUUUUGGAUUGUCUCGCCUCUUUCCAUUGGAUGUCACCCAUGUUUCAACUGCUCCACAAGGAACUCCAGGUUAUGUUGAUCCAGAGUAUCAUGAAUGCUAUCAGCUGACUGAUAAGAGUGAUGUCUAUAGUUUUGGGGUGGUCUUGAUUGAGCUUAUAUCAUCUUUGCCUGCUGUUGAUAUCACUCGGCAUCGCCACGAGAUUAAUUUGUCCAACAUGGCAAUCAAUAAGAUCCAAAGUGAUGCAUUGCAUGAACUCGUAGACCAUAAUCUGGGGUUUGAAUCAGAUUAUGCUGUAAAAAGCAUGAUAACUGCAGUGGCAGAGAUGGCAUUUCAAUGUCUGCAAAGUGCAAAGGAGUUGAGACCAUCUAUGGAACAAGUGUUAGAGACUCUAAAGGAGAUACAAAAUAAGGACUACAGCAUAGAAAAAAAGACACAGGAGGUAGAUAUUCCAUCAGAUGAUGUUGGGUUGUUGAAGAGCUGUCAGCUGCCGCCUUCUCCCGAUACAGUCAUGAUGAAAUGGAUCAGCACUUCAACUACACCUAAUUUCAGUGGUUAAGUUUUGCUUGUUUCACUGAGUUUUCCAGUAAGUUAACAGGUAAUGCUGAAUGAGUACUGGCAACAUACGCAGUAAAGCAGGGAAAAAUUUGAGUUUCUUUUCAUAUGCUAGACACGAGUAUUUGGGAAGGGAUGUACAUAUGGUUUGAGAAGUCAUGGGUGUAUUUGGGUAGUUACAUAUAUAUAUAUAUAUAUAUAUAUAUAUAUAUAUAUACAUGUGCUUUCAAAUGAUUUUUUGCCUUUUUACUAGUUUUUAGUAAUAAAAUAUUGUUUUAUUCGUUGUACUGAUUUUACCUUAGCAACAGGCUUUCUAACAAUUAAAUUUAUAUUCUUAAACAUUGUGCAGAUUUGUGUGUAUUCAUUUCAUUGCUAAAUAUUGAUCUCUGGGACAAUUCUUGAUAGAAGAACACUUGUCAAAGCUAGAAAAUGCUUUUUCUUUAUGCUUUUUUUUUAAAAAAAUGUCAUCAACACAUUCCCUCAUAAGCAUAAUUUCUGAAAGACACAUCACACAUGCUUGAAACUGCCAGGAUGAUGUUUACACUCUUUUAACUUGAAAUGUUAUAGGAGGUAACCUGGCUUCUGGUACAAAAUCACUACUUCUCAAAAUUUUUAUGGACUUGCAAAACACAUGCUGCUGUCUAAAACACAUAUUCUUCUUCUAUAGUAGCAGAUAAAAAUCAGCACGCGUUCUCUUGUUAGGAAUCAUCUCCUACAUCAUGAGGAAAAAAACUAAGAUUUAUUUUGUAUAUGCUGAUCAAAAUACUAUCAAGUUUUUGCAGGAUGCUAGCCUAGCUUGUCUGAUCAAAGCACAGACGUUGCGUAAGUCAACCAGAAUAGUAGUCUGUACAUAAGAGUCAUUAGCUGUUGGAUCUGUAACAGCCCUAGAUAACUUUUGGACACUACUUUUUACUUGACCCAUAAUGGUUUAUUGAAAUUAUUUAGUAGUUUUGAUCUAGAUAUUAUAUAUAUUUAUCAAUUCUGCUAACUAAUCGAUGUUGGAUCCAUAGGAUCAACUAAAAUACAACUAUUCAAUGAUACAUAAUUAGUGUACACUUCAGAAAUUUCAUACUCAAUCUGUUUCAGAUGUGAAAUAUUACUGUCACUUCCACAAAAGUGGGAGAAGGAUUAGCUCCUGAAAUUUGAGGAAAUGUUGAAAGGUUUUGGAGGCCUAAGUUGCUCUGCAUAAUUGAUGACUCUGACCCUAGUAAGUAUCAGGCAGUGCAGCAUUGGAUGGUGAGAGCAGAUGAAAGGAGCAGAGUAUAAAUGUAGGAUGUUAGGCAAAUGAAGGGCAUGCUUUUAUUGAGUGUUCAUCGUCAUGGGGGCCUUGUUUAGUUCUAGCCAUUUUUAUCUUGCAUAUAUAUAUAUUUUUUUUCUUUUAAAUUGAAAGCUGAUAGCAAGUGAACACUAGGGGACUGUUUUAUUAAUUUUUUUUUUCAAUUUGUUCCUAUUUGUUCAUGAUGCCUCAAUAAAGUAUAUGAAUACCUGAAGGCCAUUGAUUUACUAGUAUAACUAUGUUUACCCAAGGCUAGCAAAUGAAAGAAUAAAAGAAAAAAUCAUAUUUAUGAAGCUAAGGAGUUGGAACAAACAAGUAACCCAUUAGAUUAGAUGGCUGCCAUGCCCCAUGGAUAUAUUGCAAUUUUAAGGACAGUGAUACAACUAGCUUUGGUAAGGAGGUUCAGCGCCACAUUACUCAAUAAAACAAACUUUCAAUACCUAGUGGACUAAUUACAAGGCAGCAAGUUUCAAAACUCAAGCAAGCUAUGCAAGAAUUUGUUCAAGGCUUAAUUACAUCUCAAAUUUAUGAUGAGGUCGAGACAAGCAUAGAGAAAUACCAAGGCAUGUCAAAACUUGUAACUUUGUGAAAGGAGGCAUGUGGAGAGGCUUGUAUUUAGCCAACUUUUAAAGACAAGCUCAAUAUCUCUUAUAAAGGGGCUGAUUGCAUUAUUUGGACUUAUAACUUAGUUGUUUUUAUUUAUUUUAGCUUGAACUUGUUUUAUGGGCUGUUUGUAUUAAGCUCAUUAUUAAAAGCAAGGGUCUUGUUUGGGAACAUUUUUAAUUUUUUCUUUUAUUGUCUCAAUGUUAUGUAAUAGUCCAAACAUGCCCCUUGUUUAAAAAUUAGAUUAUCUUAUUCUCUACACUAUAAAUAAAAUGAGAUGAGGGCUGUAUGAGAACUUUUAAAUAUU